GUGAAAGUAGACCAGAUCGAGCUUAUAAAGCAUCACAGGUAUUUAAGCUGUUAAAUGCUUCAUUGACCGUCUUCAGAUACAAUUGGACUCCUGAAGCUACAAUAUCCAUCAUGCUGGAGGUAGAAUCCAAUGGAAGUUUAUGUAGCUGUAAAGUGGAUGAUGAAGCUGUGGUGUUAUUGCCAAGAACCAUUGAACCAUGUCCAGAUUCCAAUGGGUCAAGUGUUGAUGUAGCAGAUCAUUCAUUGACCAUAGCCUUUGAUGACAUCAUAGCCAUAGUAAAGGAAGACACAACAGCUGCCGGAUCCUCAGAAUUACCAACUUUGUCUACCAUCAUCCAUUAUGUCAGGAAAGUUCUGGAUGAUCCAAAAUGGAAUCUUGAAACUGUCAAGAUAACUCCAAGCCCUUCAAAGAAAGGGGAGUAUGAAACAUUUCUGCAGGAAAUACAACCCAAGUUUGACAAAGUUGUUGAAACAAGACCUAAGAAGCUGGUUGUCCUGAUGAACCCGAUCGGAGGAAAGAGACAGGCCGGGACUAUGUUUGACACGGUGAUGUCACCUUUAUUUGAGCUAGCCAACAUUUCCUGCCAUCUUAUUGUUUCAGAAGGACCAAAACAUUUGAUUGAAGUGAUAAAGACAUAUGACUAUAAGAGUAUGGAUGGGAUUGUAAUGAUGGGAGGUGACGGCACGUUUUCUGAGAUUAUUAAUGUCCUGAUGAGAAAAACUCAAGAAGAAGCAGGUAUUGACUACAAUGAUGCUGCCGCGAAACUUCAGCAAGUAUCGACUCCACUGGCUAUCAUACCAACAGGAACAGGAAAUGGAGUUGCAGAAGGUCUAUAUGGAUGUCAAGAUGUCCUCACAGUUACACUCCAUGUCAUCAGGGGUAAAGUACGCACAACCAGGCUACUAGGAACAUACGCUGACGAUAAACUGGUAGGCUACAGUGGCUGUAUUUCUGGCCUAGGACUUGGUGCAGACAUGAUGUACAUUGCAGACAAAAAGCUUCGCUGGAUGAGGGCUGCCCGCUACCUUGCAUUACCUUGGGUCUUCAUGUUCAGAGGUAUACGUCAUGUCAAAGCUGAGUUCACGCUGAACAAAAGAAAGAGGAUCAUGGUCGGAGACGGAGCAGAUCAACACGAAGAAUUUGUAUACGAAGAAGAGAAAUUUGACCAAGACACUUCCAUGGUGCUCAUAUGGCCAUUUCCACUUUUGGAUGAUGAUGGUCAAUUCAACCUGUACAAAUCCUGUAUAGCGAAUGUUGAUAGAACACACAGCGGGGAUAUGUUCUUAGUGAUUUAUGAACGCAUGGGACGAAUACAGCUACUUCAACACUUCCGAGGUCUUGCUGGGAGAAAAGCUGAUGCGUUUGAGAAUGAUUUCGUCAAAGUACGUCGUGCUCAAUCAAUCAACAUAAAAUAUAAAGAAAAGCCAGACGAGAAAAGUAUGUACAACCGUCUCAUUUCUAUUGAUGGGGAAAUCCAAGAAUGUGAGGAACCCGACUAUUUAAUCAAAAUAUUGGAUGGACUUUUGAAUGUGUUCUCUAGUACUCCUCUUCUGUGAUUCCUUUCUGUCAUCUAACCAGACUGGCUAUAUGGAUCUGUACCAGGACUCACCUCUAGUUGUCAAGGACUGUAUGGUAACCAGAGUGGUAUCUAGUACUGUAUGGUAUCCAGAGUGUGUACCAUGGUAUAGCACUGUAUGGUAACCAGAGUGUGUACCAUGGUAUAGCACUGUAUGGUAACCAGAGUGGUAUCUAGUACUGUAUGGUAUCCAGAGUGGUAUCUAGUACUGUAUGGUAACCAGAGUGGUAUCUAGUACUGUAUGGUAACCAGAGUGGUAUCUAGUACUGUAUGGUAACCAGAGUGGUAUCUAGUACUGUAUGGUAACCAGAGUGGUAUCUAGUACUGUAUGGUAACCAGAGUGGUAUCUAGUACUGUAUGGUAACCAGAGUGGUAUCUAGUACUGUAUGGUGUCCAGAGUGGUAUCUAUACUGUAUGGUAACCAGAGUGGUAUCUAGUACUGUAUGGUAUCCAGAGUGUGUACAUGUACCAUGGUAUAGCACUGUAUGGUAUCCAGAGUGGUAUCUAGUACUGUAUGGUGUCCAGAGUGGUAUCUAUACUGUAUGGUAACCAGAGUGGUAUCUAGUACUGUAUGGUAUCCAGAGUGUGUACAUGUACCAUGGUAUAGCACUGUAUGGUAUCCAGAGUGGUAUCUAGUACUGUAUGGUAACCAGAGUGGUAUCUAGUACUGUAUGGUGUCCAGAGUGGUAUCUAGUACUGUAUGGUGUCCAGAGUGGUAUCUAGUACUGUAUGGUAUCCAGAGUGGUAUCUAGUACUGUAUGGUAUCCAGAGUGGUAUAUAAUACUGUAUGGUAUCCAGAGUGGUAUCUAGUACUGUAUGGUAACCAGAGUGGUAUCUAGUACUGUAUGGUAACCAGAGUGGUAUCUAUACUGUAUGGUAUCCAGAGUGGUAUCUAGUAAUGUAUGGUAUCCAGAGUGGUAUAUAAUACUGUAUGGUAUCCAGAGUGGUAUCUAGUACUGUAUGGUAACCAGAGUGGUAUCUAGUACUGUAUGGUAACCAGAGUGGUAUCUAUACUGUAUGGUAACCAGAGUGGUAUCUAGUAAUGUAUGGUAUCCAGAGUGGUAUCUAUACUGUAUGGUAUCCAGAGUGGUAUCUAUACUGUAUGGUAUCCAGAGUGGUAUCUAGUACUGUAUGGUAACCAGAGUGGUAUCUAGUACUGUAUGGUAACCAGAGUGGUAUCUAUACUGUAUGGUAACCAGAGUGGUAUCUAGUACUGUAUGGUAACCAGAGUGGUAUCUAUACUGUAUGGUAUCCAGAGUGGUAUCUAGUACUGUAUGGUAUCCAGAGUGGUAUCUAUACUGUAUGGUAUCCAGAGUGGUAUCUAGUACUGUAUGGUAACCAGAGUGGUAUCUAGUACUGUAUGGUAACCAGAGUGGUAUCUAUACUGUAUGGUAACCAGAGUGGUAUCUAGUACUGUAUGGUAUCCAGAGUGGUAUCUAUACUGUAUGGUAUCCAGAGUGGUAUCUAUACUGUAUGGUAUCCAGAGUGGUAUCUAUACUGUAUGGUAUCCAGAGUGGUAUCUAUACUGUAUGGUAACCAGAGUGGUAUCUAGUACUGUAUGGUAUCCAGAGUGGUAUCUAGUACUGUAUGGUAUCCAGAGUGGUAUCUAGUACUGUAUGGUAACCAGAGUGGUAUCUAGUACUGUAUGGUAACCAGAGUGGUAUCUAGUACUGUAUGGUAACCAGAGUGGUAUCUAUACUGUAUGGUAACCAGAGUGGUAUCUAGUACUGUAUGGUAACCAGAGUGGUAUCUAUACUGUAUGGUAUCCAGAGUGGUAUCUAUACUGUAUGGUAACCAGAGUGGUAUCUAGUACUGUAUGGUAACCAGAGUGGUAUCUAUACUGUAUGGUAACCAGAGUGGUAUCUAGUACUGUAUGGUAACCAGAGUGGUAUCUAGUACUGUAUGGUAUCCAGAGUGGUAUCUAGUACUGUAUGGUAACCAGAGUGGUAUCUAGUACUGUAUGGUAACCAGAGUGGUAUCUAGUACUGUAUGGUAACCAGAGUGGUAUCUAGUACUGUAUGGUAACCAGAGUGGUAUCUAGUACUGUAUGGUAACCAGAGUGGUAUCUAUACUGUAUGGUAUCCAGAGUGGUAUCUAUACUGUAUGGUAUCCAGAGUGGUAUCUAUACUGUAUGGUAACCAGAGUGGUAUCUAUACUGUAUGGUAACCAGAGUGGUAUCUAGUACUGUAUGGUAACCAGAGUGGUAUCUAUACUGUAUGGUAACCAGAGUGGUAUCUAGUACUGUAUGGUAACCAGAGUGGUAUCUAGUACUGUAUGGUAUCCAGAGUGUGUACAUGUACCAUGGUAUAGCACUGUAUGGUAUCCAGAGUGGUAUCUAGUACUGUAUGGUAACCAGAGUGGUAUCUAGUACUGUAUGGUAACCAGAGUGGUAUCAAGUACUGUAUGGUAACCAGAGUGGUAUCUAGUACUGCAUGGUAUCCAGAGUGGUAUCUAGUACUGUAUGGUAUCCAGAGUGGUAUCUAGUACUGUAUGGUAACCAGAGUGGUAUCUAUACUGUAUGGUAACCAGAGUGGUAUCUAGUACUGUAUGGUAACCAGAGCGGUAUCUAUACUGUAUGGUAACCAGAGUGGUAUCUAUACUGUAUGGUAUCCUGAAUGGUACCUAUAGUGGACAAUGAGUACCAAUGUACACAUAGAACCAAGGUACAAAGUACCUAUGUUAACAGAUAGAGUACCUUUGUUAACAGAUAGAGUACCUAUGUUAACAGAUAGUACCUUUGUUAACAGAUAGAGUACCUAUGUUAACAGAUAGAGUACCUAUGUUAACAGAUAGAGUACCUUUGUUAACAGAUAGAUAGAGUACCUUUGUUAACAGAUAGAGUACCUAUGUUAACAGAUAGAGUACCUUUGUUAACAGAUAGAGUACCUUUGUUAACAGAUAGAGUACCUUCGUUAACAGAUAGAGUACCUUUGUUAACAGAUAGAGUACCUAUGUUAACAGAUAGAGUACCUUUGUUAACUGAUAGAGUACCUUUGUUAACAGAUAGAGUACCUAUGUUAACAGAUAGAGUACCUUUGUUAACAGAUAGAGUACCUAUGUUAACAGAUAGAGUACCUAUGUUAACAGAUAGAGUACCUAUGUUAACAGAUAGAGUACCUUUGUUAACAGAUAAAGUACCUUUGUUAACAGAUAGAGUACCUUUGUUAACAGAUAGAGUACCUUCGUUAACAGAUAGAGUACCUUUGUUAACAGAUAGAGUACCUAUGUUAACAGAUAGAGUACCUUUGUUAACUGAUAGAGUACCUUUGUUAACAGAGAGAGUACCUAUGUUAACAGAUAGAGUACCUUUGUUAACAGAUAGAGUACCUAUGUUAACAGAUAGAGUACCUAUGUUAACAGAUAGAGUACCUAUGUUAACAGAGAGAGUACCUAUGUUAACAGAUAGAGUACCUUUGUUAACAGAUAGAUAGAGUACCUUUGUUAACAGAUAGAGUACCUAUGUUAACAGAUAGAGUACCUUUGUUAACAGAUAGAGUACCUUUGUUAACAGAUAGAGUACCUAUGUUAACAGAGAGAGUACCUAUGUUAACAGAUAGAGUACCUAUGUUAACAGAUAGAGUACCUUUGUUAACAGAUAGAGUACCUAUGUUAACAGAGAGAGUACCUAUGUUAACAGAUAGAGUACCUUUGUUAACAGAUAGAGUACCUUUGUUAACAGAUACAGUACCUAUGUUAACAGAGAGAGUACCUUUGUUAACAGAUAGAGUACCUUUGUUAACAGAUACAGUACCUUUGUUUACAGAGAGAGUACCUUUGUUAACAGAUAGAGUACCUAUGUUAACAGAUAGAGUACCUAUGUUAACAGAUACAGUACCUAUGUUAACAGAUACAGUACCUAUGUUAACAGAUAGAGUACCUUUGUUAACAGAUAGAGUACCUUUAUUAACAGAUAGAGUACCUAUGUUAACAGAUAGAGUACCUAUGUUAACAGAUACAGUACCUAUGUUAACAGAUACAGUACCUAUGUUAACAGAGAGAGUACCUUUGUUAACAGAUAGAGUACCUAUGUUAACAGAGAGAGUACCUAUGUUAACAGAUAGAGUACCUAUGUUAACAGAGAGAGUACCUAUGUUAACAGAUACAGUACCUAUGUUAACAGAUAGAGUAGAUAGAGUACCUAUGUUAACAGAUAGAGUACCUAUGUUAACAGAUAGAGUACCUAUGUUAACAGAUAGAGUACCUUUGUUAACAGAUAGAGUACCUUUGUUAACAGAUAGAGUACCUUUGUUAACAGAAAGAGUACCUAUGUUAACAGAUAGAGUACCUUUGUUAACAGAGAGAUAGAGUACCUAUGUUAACAGAUAGAGUACCUAUGUUAACAGAUAGAGUACCUAUGUUAACAGAUAGAGUACCUUUGUUAACAGAAAGAGUACCUAUGUUAACAGAUAGAGUACCUUUGUUAACAGAUAGAUAGAGUACCUUUGUUAACAGAUAGAGUACCUAUGUUAACAGAUAGAGUACCAAUGUUAACAGAUAGAGUACCUAUGUUAACAGAGAGAGUUUCUAUGUUAACAGAGAGAGUACCUAUUUUAACAGAUAGAGUACCUAUGUUAACAGAUAGAGUACCUUUGUUAACAGAUAGAGUACCUUUGUUAACAGAUAGAGUACCUAUGUUAACAGAUAGAGUACCUUUGUUAUCAGAUAGAGUACCUUUGUUAUCAGAUAGAGUACCUUUGUUAACAGAUAGUAAGAGUACAUUUGUUAAAAGAUAGAGUACCUUUGUUAACAGAUAGAGUACCUAUACACACUGAGUACCAAUGUACACAGAGUAGAGGAUAAAGACCUGUAAAUUUGAGUACAAUCUUGUACACUUAACACCUCAGAUUACAUACAUUGUCAUUUGUCUGAUAAAGUCACCAAAAUGUCAUGCUUAAAUCCAAUACUGGUUGUCAUAUACCAAAGUCCAUUCACAUACAUACUAACCUGAUAGACAUAUGUGUUCUCUAGAACUGAUCUUGCCAAAAAUGAAAGUACCUUGUGAUUAUUGUAAAGGUUGUAAUAAUGUUUUCAAUUUUAACUUUUUAAUUAUGUAUCAUAGAUUAUUUUAGUCACUUUAAUUAUACAUAUUAUACAAGUGUAUUUUAAAAUCAACAUGCAUUAAAAGCUACAUGUAUGUUUAUAUUUGACCCAUUAGAAAUUUCAGAUAUAUAGCAAUAUAAAUAUAUUAAUAUAGAUGUAUAUUGUCUAUUGCCAUGGUUACCUUGUUAUAAACACAUUACCAUUUGGUUUAAUUUUUUCACUGAAUGUUUUACAUCUCUACAAUUUUACAUGCAAUAAAUCAAUAUAUAAU